UAGAAGUUUAAGCUCAAAAAGAAUGAAGGCAUUUUCUUUUGUAUAAAGCCAAGUCAAUUUGAACAGAAAAUGUAAAGCAGUACCAGUGCCUUUCUUCACUUGUUCUUGCUGUUCAGCAAAAACGACACAAAUUAAAACGCUAGUAUUCAAAAGCGUAAAACUUCAAUAGCAAAUCUAAUACGAUGAAAAACGCUGAGUUUAAACAAAAUUUGUUACUUGAAAAGCAUGAAAGCAAUGAACCUUACGGUGCCAUGGAUUCUUCAAAUAACGAAGAAAAAAUCCCGACGAAAAAUUUGGAGGAAGCGUUUCCGUGCAAGAAUGGACAUGUAAGGUUAGAUGGGUCUCGUGCAUACACACCGACAGAAGUUAUCACAGCAAUAGGGUUUGGCCGGUCUCAAACUCUCACUCUAAUUGUUCUAACCUUUGCCUGGUUCGCUGAGCUUGGCGAGAUAUCUCUGAUGCCUAUUCUGUCCACUCGCUUGUACGUAGAGUGGGAUCUCACUCCGGAGCUUGAGUCGGCUCUGGGCGCUGCUUCGUUUGCUGGCUUCGCAAUCAGUUACCCUCUGUGGGGUCUGGUGGCGGAUAGAAUAGGGAGGAGGCCCACUCUGAUUGUGUCCCACUGUUGGAUCCUGUUCUGGGGACUCCUCUGUUGCCUUGCUCCCAACUUGACCUGGCUGAUUAUCUUCAGGUCUUUCUUCUCACUCGCUGGAGGAAUCGCUAACAUCAUGAUGCCAUACUACUACGAGUUCCUGGCGCCCGAGGAACGGUACAUCGGAGUCGUGUCUGGACACGGGUUUGGCGCUGCCAUCGGCAAUACUUUCCCUGUAUUGCUCGCUUUAAUAAUGCUGCAAACCGAACAACUGGGUGCCUGGCGAUGGUACCUGUUCGCCAACACAGCUCCAUUUUUCAUCUUCAUUCCCCUGGCAAUUCUUUUUCUCGAAGAAUCGCCGCGAUACCUUAUGAGUAAGGGUCACAACAAAGAAGCCUUGUCUGUUUUGAGACGAAUAGCCGAACGAAAUAAGGUUGAACUACCCGAAAGCUUGGCCCUAAUUCCCGACACUGAAAGUGGAGAUUCGGAUGAGAAACUGUCUCUUAAAGACCAAAUGAAAUUAGCUGUGACAGAUCGCGACAUCUUGCGAAGUUUUCUGUGUAUUGUUACUAUAGGCGUAGUAUCCAGAUAUGUGUUAUAUGGCACUGCCUUUCUCAAAACUGAAGUCGUUUUCAAACAAGGCCAAGCUGAUAACUACUGCAAAAGCGACCGCGAACGCACUUACUUCUUAGAAACCGAUGACUAUCUGGCACUGCUACUAAUUCAAAUCGGUGAUUUGGCUGCUGCGUUUGUCAUGAUUCCGGUUUUGAAGCACAAGUUUCCCCUUCGUGAAUGCACCUUGGCCGCUUACUCCAUAGGCUUCCUCCUCAUGGCCCUGUUAUUCUUCUGUCCGAGUCUGAUUGUUGCUCUGAUUCUCAUUACAUCCUUGAGAACGAUGGUGCAAGUCUCAAACUCAGUCAUGAUGGUCAGUCUUUCGGGACUGUUGCCAACUAGAGUCAGAAGCAGUCUAUUUGGUUUUGGCACUUUUUUCAUGUACUUAGUACUCCCGUUCACGCCCUAUCUGACCCAGAACCUCUCCAAAUAUUCUCAGCAUUGGGUCACCUCCGUUUUGAUGACGUUUCUGGUUUUUGGUACCGUCGGAGCUCUCUUCACUCCCGCCAAAAUCUAUUCGAACUAGAAUAUGAAGAAUUUAAACAUAUUGUAAAAUAAAGAAACCUCUUUUG